GUUUCUAUAAAACCAUUUGUUCCUCAUAUUUGUCAGUAGACAUGGCUUGCUGUGUGUUUUUCCUGGGCCUCCUGGCUGUGCUGCUCCUGGAGCUCACGGAGGGUGCAGAGAAACAAGUGUACUCUGCAGAGGGAGGUAAAGUCACACUGGAGCCAACUGUUCCUGAUCAGCUCAAACCCCUCACAAGCAUCCUGUGGAAACAUAAUGACAACUUGGUGGUGGAAUGGAUUAAGAAUUUAGAUUCUACAGAUUACUAUGGAGCGUUUGAUGGUCACACAAAUCUGGAUAUAGAGACUGGACGUUUGGAGAUCGAUACUUGGGCUCGUAAUUACAGUGGAGUUUAUUCUGUGGAGUUUAAUGGCCAACUCCAGAGCAAGUCGUACAAGGUUGAUGUGAUCAAGAAAGUCCCAAAGCCCACAGUGGUACUUAAGCCACUGACUUGUCCUAAUGAAGACACCUGCACACUGAGCUGUGAUGGAGACACCACAGGGGCUGAACCAGUCACCUACAGUUGGAGGGCAGAUGAAAGAGACUUGCAUGAAAAAUCUGAAAAAUCUAUACAAAUCAGCGAGGAUGACGGUCAUGUUAAACAUUUCUUUUGCCAAAUGAAAAACCCAGUUAGUCAGGAAGACAGUGACCCCAUGGAGAAUCCACUCCACCCAGGUGCAGAGAAACAAAAGUACUCUGCAGAGGGAGGUAAAGUCACACUGGAGCCAACUGUUCCUGAUCAGCUCAAACCCCUCACAAGCAUCCUGUGGAAACAUAAUCGCUACAUGGUGGUGGAAUGGAUUAAGAAUUUAGAUUCUACAGAUUACUAUGGAAUGUUUGAUGGUCACACAAAUCUGGAUAUAGAGACUGGACGUUUGGAGAUCAAUACUUGGGCUCGUAAUUACAGUGGAGUUUAUUCUGUGGAGUUUAAUGGCCAACUCCAGAGCAAGUCGUACAAGGUUGAUGUGAUCAAGAAAGUCCCAAAGCCCACAGUGGUACUUAAGCCACUGACUUGUCCUAAUGAAGACACCUGCACACUGAUCUGUGAUGGAGACACCACAGGGGCUGAACCAGUCACCUACAGUUGGAGGACAGAUCAAAGGGACUUCUAUGAAGAGUCAGAAAAAUCAGUUGAAAUCAGCAAGGAUGACAGUGAUGUUAAACAUUUCUUUUGCCAAAUGAAAAACCCAGUUAGUCAGGAAGACAGUGACCCCAUGGAGAAUCUACUCCACCCAGGUGCAGAGAAACAAGUGUACUCUGCAGAGGGAGGUAAAGUCACACUGGAGCCAACUGUUCCUGAUCAGCUCAAACCCCUCACAAGCAUCCUGUGGAAACAUAAUGACAACUUGGUGGUGGAAUGGAUUAAGAAUUUAGAUUCUACAGAUUACUAUGGAAUGUUUGCUGGUCACACAAAUCUGGAUAUAGAGACUGGACGUUUGGAGAUCAAUACUUUGGAUGGUACUUACAGUGGAGUUUAUUCUGUGGAGUUUAAUGGCCAACUCCAGAGCAAGUCGUACAAGGUUGAUGUGAUCAAGAAAGUCCCAAAGCCCACAGUGGUACUUAAGCCACUGACUUGUCCUAAUGAAGACACCUGCAGACUGAGCUGUGAUGGAGACACCACAGGGGCUGAACCAGUCACCUACAGUUGGAGGGCAGAUGAAAGAGACUUGCAUGAAAAAUCUGAAAAAUCUAUACAAAUCAGCGAGGAUAACGGUCAUGUUAAACAUUUCUUUUGCCAAAUGAAAAACCCAGUUAGUCAGGAAGACAGUGACCCCAUGGAGAAUCCACUCCACCCAGGUGCAGAGAAACAAGUGUACUCUGCAGAGGGAGGUAAAGUCACACUGCAGCCAAUCGUUCCUGAUCAGCUCAAACCCCUCACAAGCAUCCUGUGGAAACAAAAUCGCAACAUGGUGGUGGAAUGGAUUAAGAAUUUAGAUUCUACAGAUUACUAUGGAAUGUUUGCUGGUCACACAAAUCUGAAUAUAGAGACUGGACGUUUGGAGAUCAAUACUUGGGCUCGUAAUUACAGUGGAGUUUAUUCUGUGGAGUUUAAUGGCCAACUCCAGAGCAAGUUGUACAAGGUUGAUGUGAUCAAGAAAGUCCCAAAGCCCACAGUGGUACUUAAGCCACUGACUUGUCCUAACGAAGACAUCUGCAGACCGAUCUGUGAUGGAGACACCGCAGGGGCUGAACCAGUCACCUACAGUUGGAGGACAGAUCAAAUGGACUUCUAUGAAGAGUCAGGAAAUUCAACGAUAAUCAGCAAGGAUGACAGUGAUGUUCAAUAUUUCUUUUGCCAAAUGAAAAACCCAGUUAGUCAGGAAGACAGUGACCCCAUGAAGAAUCCAUUCCACUCAGGUCCUCCAGUUGGCGCUAUUGUGGGUGGGGUGUUAGCGGCUGUUGCUGUUGGUGCAGCAGCGGUGUUUGGUUAUGUGAAACGCGAUGCGAUACAAGAAAAGAUCUCUAACAGAAAUCGCAGUCCUCAAGAAUCAGAGAAGCUGCUACAGGGCCCCCUGCCCCCGGCCUACUGAAGCUGCGCCCUUCCCGCUUUUGACGGGUCGACGUAACGUUGACGACAUCGAUCGAAACGCUGAUGUGAAAAAGUCUGGCGUCGUUAAUGCCCUGUAGCAGGGUACACACAAGUGUUGCUAAUGACGACAUGUCAAUGAUGGUUCUGUUCCAUUUAGGUGUAGCAGUGCAGCAUGAACAACAGCAGCACACCAGCUCUGUUUCUGAUGAGUCAUUGCAGUUAAAAAAAACAUGAUAAUGAAGGGAUUAUGUGGACAUUUCUGUUUUUUUGUUAUCUGUUGCUCUCGAGCUACUGAUAGAGUGAGAUGAGCUGAAGCAACUUGCCUUUAGAAACAGAUUUUAAAAAAUAUUUUUAUUUCAA